GCCUACGGACCCAGGCUCCUGCAAGGUCUGAGAAACCAAUGGGGCUUUCUCCGAGAGUAGUUCAAAACAGAAGAGUCCUCGGGCAUUAUUUGCAUAGAACUGGGGCUUCGGGAGGGAAGCUAAAGCAUCUUAGAGGGCGGCUCGUUUGCAUAGAGCAGACACCACUUCCUCUCUCCGCAGUCUUCCUCCCUCUCCUUCCGCCUUCUUUCCUGACCCUGCCUUCCUUCGUUCUGCGGCCUCCCGUGCUUCCUGAGUCGGUGUCCAGAUGCUUCCGAAGCGACGGCGGCGGGUGCGAGCAGGGUCCCCACACAGCGCUUUAGCCUCUUCCACGCCUCCAGCGGCGCGCUUCCCGGGUGUAGCCAUCUACCUUGCGGAGCCGCGAAUGGGCCGCAGCCGCCGGGCCUUCCUCACUCGCCUGGCGCGGUCCAAAGGCUUCCGCAUCCUAGAUGUUUACAGCUCAGAGGUGACACAUGUGGUGAUGGAGGGGACCUCAGCCAAGGAGGCCAUCUGCUGGCAGAAGGACAUGAAUGCUCUUCUCCCAGACUGCCCGCAGCCGGCUCUGCUAGAUAUUAGCUGGUUUACAGAGAGCAUGGCAGCAGGACAGCCUGUUCCUGAGGAGGUCCGGCACCGCCUGGAGGUGAGCUACGAGCCCAGGAAGGAACCCCCAAUCUCAGUGCCGAUACCAGCUUAUGCCUGUCAGCGCCCCUCGCCUCUCACACCCCAUAACACUCUCCUCUCAGAGGCUCUGGAGACACUGGCGGAGGCAGCGGGCUUCGAAGGCAAAGAGGGCCGUUUUCUCACCUUCUACAGAGCAGCCUCCAUGCUCAAGUCCCUACCCUACCCUGUCACGUCUUUGAACCAGCUGCAUGGAUUGCCUUACUUUGGGGAACAUUCCUUUAGAGUAAUCCAGGAGCUGCUGGAACAUGGAACGUGUGAGGAGGUGGAACAAAUCCGGUGCUCAGAAAGGCACCAGACCAUGAAGCUCUUCACCCACAUCUUCGGGGUUGGGGUGAAGACUGCUAGCCGGUGGUACCAGGAAGGGCUACGAACCCUGGAUGAGCUCAGAGAGCAGCCCCAGAGACUGACCCAGCAGCAGAAAGCAGGGCUCCAGUAUUACCAGGACCUGAGCACCCCAGUUAGCCGGGCAGAGGCUGAGGUUCUGCAGCAGUUGGUAGAGGCAACUGUGAGAGAGAUCCUGCCCGGAGCCACUGUCACACUGACUGGCGGUUUCCGAAGGGGGAAGUUACAAGGUCAUGACGUGGACUUCCUUAUCACCCACCCUGAGGAGGGCCAAGAAGUAGGGCUGCUGCCCAGAGUGAUGAGCUGCCUUCAGAGCCAGGGACUUGUGCUGUACCACCAGUACCAUCGCAGCCACUUAGCGGACUCUGCCCACAUCCUGCGGCAGAAGUCCACCAUGGACGCUUUUGAGAGGAGUUUCUGCAUCUUGUGCUUGCCACAGUCCCAGCAGGCAGCUUUAGAGGGGGCCCUGCAUCCCUGCCCAACCUGGAAAGCUGUGAGGGUAGAUCUUGUGGUCACUCCCAACAGCCAGUUCCCCUUUGCUCUUCUUGGCUGGACUGGCUCCCAGUUUUUUGAGAGGGAGCUACGGCGAUUCAGCCGGCAAGAGAAGGGGCUGUGCCUUAACAGCCACGGGCUGUUUGAUCCUGAGCGGAAGACAUUGUUCCACGCAACUUCUGAGGAAGAUGUUUUCAGGUUCCUGGGUCUCAAGUACCUUCCUCCAGAGCAGAGAAAUGCCUGAGAUGAAAAAUGCCUGCUGGCUGCCAUACCCGUCCACGAGAAGAUGAGGGGCUGUCUCUUUCUUGACCAGGAAUGUUUCCAGAGAGGAACACCGCCACCCCACGGCCUCACCUGUGCAAAUGGGAUUUUUUUUACCUCAUCGGUUGAGUGUGACCCCGCGUCAGCUCAGCUUUCAGCCUCCACUCUCCUCACAGUCCGGUGCUCUUAGCAGUUCAUGUACAUCACGAACCUGUGGCAGAGUCUGAAGUCUUGGGUCUGGUCCAGCUGUGGUUGCUGUGUCUGCUGCAGAGUACCCGGUUCCGUGUGCCAGAAAACCGACAUAUGUCCCUGCCCCGGGCUUGCGCUGAUAUGGGAAGUAUAAUUCUGGCAAUGAGGUGUUGCAGAAGAAGCCUGCCUGAGUGCCGUGUUGCACUAGAGGUGGCCUAGGACAGCAACAUCCAGUGCUGGCAGCGCCACUCGCAGACCUGGGUACUUGUACGAGACUUCAUAAGCAGCACAGCUCCGGAAUCGGCCCCACAGGUGUCUUCCCUCCCGCUCCCGCCUAGGCUGAGCCUGGCUUGCCUUUACCCACAAUCCCUUGUGCAUCCACAGCCCCCGCAGUGCCUUCUGGGAGGGCUGGUUCCUAGAAUAGACUGUAGCCCAGUCUGGCAGCAGAGUACUAAAACUUAGCCACAUCAGGGGGCAGCCACACAGUGUUCUUCCUGUCCUGAGAUUGUGAGGUGCGGGUUCCCUGGUCCUGUUUCUUAAAGACGUGUCACUCUGCCGCUCCGGACAGCGCUGCAGCAGUUCCAAACCUGCAGUCCUCACUCAGGUCCUGUGGCUCUGGUGUUUCUGUUAUCUCUUCUAGUCUCAGCUGUACCCCUCCCUUCCCCCACUUUCUCAGUUCACUUCCGGUCCCUGUUUGCAGGCUCUUUGUGACCAACUUCUUCACCUUCUCUGAGCCGGAAGCACUAAAGUGGGCUGGUCACAGUGUCCUCAUAUCCCCUUGCCCUUGCCUUACUGUACACCUAGUGCCCACUGUCCCUGCCUCCUUCAGGACCUGACAGGUAAGGGCCUCCUAGAGCCAUCAGCAGAUUAGCAAGUAUUUUAAAAAUUAGCAUUCAAUAAAGUGGAUUCUUUUGGAGUCUA